UCGACUAGCCGGUUCGAUGUGACUGCUGAUUUCGAAAGAAGAAGACUUGGUUUCAAAUAUUUGCGAUUUUUCGCGGCUUUUGAUUAUUUAUUUUAUUUUGAAUGGGUGUUAAGGAGCUAUGGACUGUUUUAACCCCUCACUGCGAGCGGAAGCCCAUUAGUGAGCUGCGAGGCAAGAAGGUGGCCAUCGAUCUGGCCGGAUGGGUCUGCGAAUCACUAAAUGUUGUUGAUUAUUUUGUCCAUCCAAGGCAUCACCUCAAGAAUCUUUUCUUUCGAACAUGCUACUUAAUCUGGGAACAGGUUACUCCUGUCUUUGUCUUGGAGGGCGUCGCUCCCAAACUUAAGAGCCAAGUGAUCGCCAAAAGAAACGAAUUGCAAUUUCGGGGCGUUAAGCCCAAGGAGGCAACUGCUGGCUCUCAAACCCAAAGCCAAGCUCCCAAGGCGGAAAAGGGACGCACUCGUUUCAACCAUGUCCUUAAACAAUGCGAGAACCUCUUACUUUCCAUGGGCAUCCAGUGCGUCCAAGGUCCUGGGGAGGCGGAGGCAUACUGCGCCUUUCUCAACAAGCACGGUCUAGUAGACGGCGUCAUUAGCCAGGACUCUGAUUGCUUCGCCUACGGAGCUGUGCGAGUCUAUCGCAACUUCUCGGUGUCCACCCAAGGAGCUCAGGCGGCUGCUGGUGGAGCUGUGGACAUCUACGACAUGCGGGAGAUCACCACUCGCAUGGACUUUGGCCAGCACAAGAUCAUUGUAAUGGCUCUGCUCUGUGGUUGCGAUUAUUGUCCCGAUGGAAUCGGAGGCAUUGGGAGGGAUGGAGUCCUCAAAUUGUUCAACAAGUACAAGGAAACGGAGAUUCUGGACAAAUUGCGAAACUGGCGCCAAGAGACGAAUAAAUACAAUGCCCUGGAGAUCAGAGUGGACGACAAGUCCAUAUGCAGCAAUUGCGGGCAUAUAGGGAAGACCCAGAGCCAUACCAAGAGUGGAUGCAGUGUAUGUCGUACCCAUAAAGGCUGCGACGAAAGCCUUUGGAAGGAGCAGCGGCUAUCUAUUAAAGCAGAGUUGGCUCUUAGGCGGAAGGCCUUGGUAGAUUCCACUUUUCCCAACGAGGAGAUAAUAGCUGAGUUUCUUAGUGAGCCAUCCACCAUUCCAAAUCUGAAUCUGAAUUGGCGGCAGCCGAAUCUUGUCAAGUUCAUUAAGCAGAUAGGCCACCUCUUGCAGUGGCCCGAAAUCUACUGUUUCCAGAAGUUUUUUCCCAUCCUGACACGGUGGCAGGUGCAGCAAUCUAAACAGGAAAAGAUCCUUAUUGAGCCCCUGGAGAUCAUCAAGAAGCGAACGGUGAAAGGAGUGCCCAGUCUAGAGUUGCGAUGGCACGAUCCGAGCGGCAGUUUCAAAGGCCUCAUUCCCGACGACCAGAUAUCUGAGUUUGAACUGGAGCAUCCCAAGGGUAUUGAAGAACUUUACUUUACCAUAGAACCGUUGGAAAUGUUGGAGCAGGCCUAUCCAGAGUUGGUAUCCGCAUUCCUAAAGUCCAAAGAGAAACCGGCCAAGAAGACCACCAGGAAAAAGGCAACUGCUCAAAAUGAAGAGGAGAAAGAGAACGAAGCGAAGACCAAACCCAAGAGAACGGUCAAAAAGAAGAAGGCUCCAGCGGACCAGAAUCAACCUCUUCUACAGCAGUUCCUAAGUCGAGAAAAAUGUGAUACUCCUGUCAAGAGUUCUGCGCCGCAACGCCAGCAGUGUUCGACUCCCAUAACCAAGUUUCUGCCCUCCGACCUCGAAAGCGACUGCGAUGCGGGCGAGUUCGACAUGUCCGAUAUAGUAAAUGGCAUAAUUUCCAAUCCCAAUGCAAGGCCAGUGCUCACAAGGCACGAGGGACAUCAGUUGCACUACGAACCCAUGGCCGACGACUUGAGCUUGCGGCUGGCGCAGUUGAGUUUGAAGCACGAGGAGGAGCUCUCAGACAAGGAAAAGAAGAGGGACUUGUCGCAAAUGGAGGAACUUCCGAAAAGCAAGCGGUUCUCGAUGGAGGAUAGCUUCGACCUCUUGGUCAAGGGAGAGUUUCAAAAGAUUCCGUAUCCACCCCAGGCGGUUAGGACACCAGUGGAACGUUUCAAGCAGCAGCACCGGCUCAGCGGAAGGGUUCCCUCGCCAGUCAAGCCUUUGCCGAACAUGAGCUACUUUUUCAAUCAAAGCUCUGAAAACGCUGAUGCAUUCGAGCAGUUGAUGAACGACAGUUUGUUGCCACAAGACCGGGAGGAAGAAGGGGAAAAUAAAGAUGAAGAUGACGUGGUGGUCAUCAGUGAUUGAACAAUGAA